AUGGCCAUGGCUGCCGCAGCUCGCCUGCAGCUCUGCAGCGCUAACGCCCACAUUCGCCGCGAGGGUGCAAUGUACCAUGCAGCACCCGCGCGGAGGCUGUCCUUGACGGUCCAGGCCACCUACACCGGCUACACCGAGCGGCGGCAGGCCACCCGCCCGCCUGCCGUGACCAACCGCCCCUCCUACCGCCCGUUGCCCUCAACCUCGCCCGUCGCGCGCAAGCCCUCUGCCGCGGGCCCCUCCGGCCCGCCGCCGCUGCUCCGCGUGGCGGUGGUGGUCCCCAGCUGCCAGCUGAUAUUCGGCGAGCAGCUGGCGGUGGUGGGCAGCUGCACGGAGCUGGGCGCGUGGGACGCCGCCGCCGCGCCGCGCCUGGCGUGGCAGGCCGGCGACACGUGGGCGGCGCAGCUGCGCCUGCCGGCCGGCACGCACGCCUUCAAGCUCGCGGUGGUGCGCCAGGACGGACUGUGCUUCUUCGAGGAGGGCCCCGACCGCGAGCUGGAGGUGCCCGCCGGCGCUGCGGCGGUCGCCGUCAGGGCCGGCACCGGCCUGGCCGUCACCUGCCACUACGGCGACGGCGGCGGCACCGAGAUCAGCCUGGCCACGGGCGCAGACCUGGCGCGCCUGGCGCCGACGCCGCCGGGCGCGGCGGCCGCGGGCCAGGCCCCCAGCAGCAGCCCUCUGGAGGCCGCCUCGCGCGCCCCGGCAGCCUCCAGCCCCCCUCAGCCUGCCCCCAGCUCCCCGCUGCCGCCCUCCAGCCCGCUGCCGGCCGCCCACAGCUCCCCGCCCGCCUCCGGCAACCUGCCUGCCUCCAAGCUGGGCACCCUGGAGGCCCUAACCAAGGCUGUGGAACUUAUGGAGCAGCCGGCUGCGGCGGCGCCCAGCCAGUGGCAGGCCGCGUGAGCGGCCCUGCCCGCCACGCGCGCCGUGCGCCACUCCCGACAUGAAUCGCCCCCCGAAUCCCCCUGCCCUGGCCGCGCCCCAGACGACCGCAAGCUCACUGUACGUUUUACUGCUUGCCGGCCUGCCGCGCCUUGCUGCCAUUUCAUCGCCGUUCCUCCAGCCCUCCCCUGCUACUAGUAACCUCGAAACCUGCAGAUGCCGGCAGCCCCCAUUUGAUCACCAUCCGCCCAGCUGUUUUACUACCGCGGCACUCCUCAUUCAUAUGCAGCAGCCUCUUACUCCCUGCCAGCAUCAGUUUUCUGGGCGGCACGCCCCUUUUUGAUCCUCCCCAUCGGUUCUACUAAACACAAUUCAUCCCGGCGCCGCCGCAAUUCCGCCGCGCCCGCCCCGCAAACCAGCCAAGCGCUCGACACAGAUCACCUCUGGCUCCCCACAUGCCUGUUGCACUGCCUCACUUGAGCAAGCAAUGCAAGUUUAAGCACCUACUACGCAA